CGCCGAGUACAUGCUCCAAAGAUUCAUAUUUUUUCGGAUCUAUAUUAGUUAAUGAGAUAAAUUUAAAUUCACAGAGAUUACUUUCAAACAGUAUUAUCGUUAUAACACUUGACUUCGAUUUGUGAAUUUUGUACAAUCUUUUCAAUAUUCCGAAAAUACGAUCAAAUUCAGUGAACUAUAACUUGUGUAAAGAUGAUAUUACUCAGGAAGCUGUAGAUCGUGAAAAUCUAUAUUUUACGGUAUUUUAAGAAAAUAAUAACAUUACAGGCGGGACAGGUUCUUCGCAAGCUGUGUCGUGAUAGACGGUUACAGAAAUGCAAGCAUUUUUAAAAACUGGGAAAUUGGGUGCUGGGGAAACUAAUAAAUUACCGGGAUCGUCAUCUAAAGAGCAACGACAGUUGCCGCCUACACCAUGGGUAGAAAAAUAUCGUCCAAAAACUGUAGAUGACGUCGUAGAGCAACCUGAGGUUGUUGAAGUUUUGAGACAAUGUUUAAGUGGUAUAGACUUUCCAAAUUUGCUGUUUUAUGGACCACCAGGUACUGGAAAGACUAGCACCAUCCUUGCUGCAGCUAGACAAAUCUUUGGAGAUAUGUACAAAGAAAGGAUCUUGGAGUUAAAUGCCUCGGAUGAACGUGGAAUUCAAGUUAUUAGGGAGAAAGUCAAAUCAUUUGCACAGUUGACAGCUGGUAACACAAGACACGAUGGCAAACCCUGUCCGCCUUUCAAGAUUAUUAUCCUCGAUGAAGCAGACAAUAUGACAAAUGCAGCACAAUCAGCAUUAAGACGCACGAUGGAAAAAGAAUCUCACAGCACACGCUUUUGUCUGAUUUGUAAUUAUGUAUCUCGCAUCAUCGAACCGCUCACAUCCAGAUGUAGCAAGUUUCGAUUUAAACCUCUCGGUCGGGAAAAGAUCGUUGAACGCUUAUCACUGAUUUGCAAAGAGGAAAAUUUGCAGGCUGAAAAUGAUGUCUUAGUAAAAGUAUAUGAAGCUUCAUCUGGUGAUUUAAGAAGAGCCAUUAAUUGCCUACAGGCUGUUGCGCGUCUUAAAGGAAAAGGAGCCGAAGUCACAGUAGAUGAUGUUCUUGAAGCUACAGAAAUAGUACCGGAUAAGUGGUUAGAUGAACUAUUAGAAGUUUGUGAGUCAAAGGACUAUGGCCAGGCAGAAGCAUUUGUAGAACGUUUCAUGACUGAGUGUUACAGUACAACUCAGGUCAUUGAACAACUAAAUCAAAAGGUACUUUAUUCGAGCACCUUGACGGAUAACCAGAAAGCGUUAAUCGGCGAGAAACUUGGUGAAUGCUCUUAUAGAUCCUUGGACGGUUGUAGCGACUACAUACAAUUAAUAAAUAUUUGUUGCGCUAUUAUGCAAGCUUACAAAUUGUCUUCAUAAACAUUACAACAAAAAUACCAAUACAAUUUACAGAUCAAUUUCACUUACUCACCAAUUACAUAUAUAUUUUUCAAAUAAAAUGUCAUUCUCCGUUA